AUGAUAGAAGUACAAACGUUGGACAAGAACAAACAGGAGGUGUGCCUUAGCCCAAUUUCGAUGCCUUUAAGGUUUGGUUGUGAUCCAGAACAUGAUCCGGAUACAGAUUUUAAAAAAAUGAAUGCAUUAGUUACCCCUACUGCCUUGAAGGAGGAUGCAGUAAGAUUGUGGAAAAUAUUGAACACUAAUACCACCGAUACAAGAUAUAUUGCCACAAAGAUACACAAUGCUCUCUGGCAAAGGCCAACAAGAAAUGUCAAUAUCCAUGUAAUUUACCUUUACCCUUUUGCCGUUGCAGGAUCUGCCUUCUGUGUGGAUGCUCCAACGCUGCUUGGCAACGAGACCUGCGAUAAGAAGAACUAUCUCAUACUUAUUACUUCCUCCACGACUUCCUGGAAAUUGGACUGCCCUGGUGUCGCUCAGGCGCCAGAAGGCACUCCGCAAUGUCGCCAUUAUCUGCUCUACGUCCUGUAUCUGGGUCUUGAUUCCGGCCCCACUUCCUUCUACUGGAAGCCGAACGCAGUGGCCACACGCUUAAAGGUGAUAAACUUAAGUGCGGAGGCAAAGUUUCACCACGAAACGGAUGUAUGGGCGAAGGACACGGCUACCUGGAUGGAUGUUAACUUAGGUCGCGAUCCCGACGGCGGCCCGUGUCGAGUCUACAGCAAGCGUCUGCACCUGAGUUAUCAAUGCUCUGAAACAUUCAACAAAAGUCAUUUUUUACCGUUUCUGGGUAUUGAUAAGGAUCACAACCGUAGACCAAGUUACUUUGCCUUCAACUGCAGUGGCAUCCCAGAAGUAGUGUCAGAAGACGUUCCUCACAAAACGGAACUUCGGUCUCCGUUGGAGAUCGUCUCUCACAAAACGGAACCUUGGUUUCCGUUUGCGAUCGUCGCUGCAGUCGUCGUGGUCGUCAUCGGCGUCGUCCUGGUCGUCAUCACCGCCGUCUGGGUCGUAGUAAAGGUGAGGAAGUCCAGGUCGUCGAGCCAGGCUGCAAUUCCCGCCGACGACCUGCACGACCCUGGCCGCGAUGACCGAGAGAGCGAGCACGAGUAUUGGGACAUCGACUCGGUCGUCUUGAGGGCCCAGCUGGAGGAGAGGAGGGCGACGCGCACACGGCACGACGGAGGGACGACCAGCCUGCACAGGUGCAAGUCCGAGAAUUCCUUGCACGGGGCAAUCCGUAACGGUGUGAGUUACGAGUGUAUUAAUCCCUUAUACGGAGCAAUCCAUCCCGGUGUGAGAUGCAAGUCCGAGAAUUCCCUAUACGGAGCAAUCCAUCCCGGUGUGAGACCCAGAGGGAGGAAUAGAGUGGGGAGGAAAACGAUGCCUCUGAUGCAUGACCGAGAGAGCGAGCACGAGUAUUGCUACAUCGACUCGCCAGUCAUGAGGGCCCAGCCGGAGGAGAGGAGGGCGACGCGCACACGGCACGACGGAGGGACGACCAGCCUGCGCAGAUGCAAGUCCGAGAAUUCCUUGUACGGGGCAAUCCAUCCCGGUAUGAGACCCGGAGGAGGAGUAGAGUGGGGGGGGGGAAACGAUGCCUCUGAUGCAAGAAUCUUCAGUUUGAAUUCCUGUAAACGUUCGUGUCUAGCGCACGAUCUGCAUUUGCACUCGUAUAAGUCAGGGAAUACUGCUGUCUUGGCACAUGCUCAGCAUUGCUUCUAGAUACUCUGCCAAGAUUGAACGGAAUGUAUAAAGAUAUUAAAAGCAAAUAUUGUAUUACAGACAAGAAUUCUAACUCCAUCUUUGGAAUAACAUAUUUCCACUUUGUUAUUUAAGGGAAAGUGAUUUUAGGAGAACUUUCUAUUUUAAGUUAGAUCAUAAACAAACUGCAUUGGUGUGAAACAAAAGAACGAAGCCUGAAUUGUGACGUUUCGAGUCCUAUCGAACUCCUCAUCAGUCCGUUUCGUUUCUUCGUCUGGCAGGAGUCCAAAAUGGCUCGGAACGCCACGAUUCAAAGAGCCAAAUGUUAGUGGUAUGUGUUUCAUGCAGUUAUACAUGUGUGGCUGGUAUUAUCAUUUGGCUAUGAGCUCCAGCUCAUUACUUUGCAAUUGUCUCAUUCUCAUUCUGUUGCAUAUUUUCAAAUAAUAUCAGUAAUGCUAAUGAUCAUGAUUAUAGGUAUGUAAUGUUACAAUUAACACUAAUAUUGCUAUUAAAUGUAAUGCCAAUUAACAUUAUGAUAUUGUAUGAAUAUCGAUGACAUUUUAACCAUUCAUUAUCUUUAUUAUAAUGUUACUUUUCAUGCCUGAAUACAAAUAAAAUUACAUUAAAACUGGAGCAUUACUCUACCCUUCUGCAGAUUAUAAGCAGGGACAGAUCUUGUAAGCAAGUAAAGGAAGUUAAAAUGUUACACUAAGACAAGACGUUGAAGGCUUGGAAACAAGUCUUUGCUCUCGCUUUUGAUAUAACUUUCCUUAAUUAUUGACCCUAUUAUUGUUUUUUCUAUCAUUAAAAGAAAAGUAUUUACAGGAAAACGGCAUAUACAAUUAAGUGUGCAACCUCUUUCUAUGCAUAAUAUGUUUUCACUUUUAUCAAAAUGACAGCGAGAGUAAU